AUGGAGACCAGAACUUUAUUAAUACUGGUUGUAACGUUAGCUGUCUGUGUCUGUUAUACUUCGGCUGUAAACAGGAUAACAACAGACGGAGUUAUAAUAUUCGACGAUCUUCCAGAUGGAGCCGGAUAUGAAACAGAAACAACUGUCCAAGAAGAUGGUCUACAAAUAUUCAUUGAGAUUGCGAGAAGUUUUAUCAGUGCUGUACAACGCAGACCGGUUCCUUACACAAUGUACAGAAUGCAGUCAGCAUUGCAAGCUGUGCAAUAUGCAGCAGAUGAACUUCUAACAAGAACAUCGUUAUUAGAAACAGAGUUACUGAAUGUGAAAACUGAUCUAAAUGAUACAUUAACAUCUGCGGCAUGUGAUAGUGAUACAGCAUGUACCAAUCUCCGAGACAACAUAGACAUCGAUGAACUCUCACCAGCAGCAGAUUUCUCCACAAUAGAUAUUGAUACAGAAUUGGACAAAGUGAAUGAUGCCUUAGUAACAAACGUCACAUCACUUGCUCUACAGGCUCGUAAACAAUUUGAUGAUUUGCCAGAGACUGUUGUUAAUAAAAGUCAAGAUGCACUGACUGAUGUUAAGACAAUGCUAGCAGAUUUUGAAGUACAAAUUAAAGACAUAGCUGCUUCCAUAGAGCAACCUAUGAAUCAGGUACAAGAUCAAAUGAGGAUUGAUGAUCAGCUUGGCAAUGUUUUCUAUUAUGCUGAGCAGUACAGCAAAUAUCUUUGGUACAUUGGUACGUGUUUAAUGGGGUUUGUGUUACUGAUUGUGACAUUUUACUUUAUGGGACUGUUAUGUGGUGUGUGUGGUCAUGAAAAAGAUGAGGCACCCACUGAAAGAGGAUGUAUGUCAAAUUGUGGAGGAACAAUGUUGAUGGGUGGUGUGGUAUUUUGUUUCAUCUUUGCACCUUUAUUGAUGCUUCUGACCACUAUAUCAUUCCUACUUGGUGGCAAUCUGCAAGAACUUUUAUGUGAACCUCUUGAAUCACAGGAUCUAGUAGACAGGAUUGUCGACUAUCCAUAUAUAUUGGAUUCCAAUGCUGAAUAUUUUCUGGGUGCAGCAGUAUUGGGAGAUGGCAGCAUACCAUUAACAGUUAAAAGAAUAUUAAGUGGUUGUCAGAAUGAUGGGGCUAUUUAUGAUGUAAUGAUGCUUGAAUACAAAGUGAAUAUAUCAGCACUAGUUGAUUACAGAUCAGAGUUUCCUGAGUUAGAGAAUUUGUUAAGUGGUGUGAAUGUGGAUAUGGCUGAUGUUGUCAUAUUGAGUGAUGAUACAAGAAGUUCUUUACAAGAUUUUAAUAAAACUGGCAUAACUGGUAUUGAUUUUGAUGGAUAUCUUGAUGAGAUAAGAAAAGGUAUAACAAAAGCUAACUUAGUAGAGAUUGCUGAUAAUAUUGAUACAGCUUCUGCAGCAGUUGGUGAUCCUACAUUACGGAGUGACUUACAGCAGCAUGCAUCUGAUCUGCGUGAUAUUCAAACAGACCAUGUGGAUGGAAUGGAAUCCUAUGUGGAUACAUUGGAAUCUAAAAUAAGUGACUUGAAAAUAGAAGCAGCAACACUACAGAGAGAUACUGGUGUUGUUUUAGAGACAGCAGAAACUGCUGAUACCUUUAUUCAUACAGUAGGACCUGUAAUUGUACAUUCUCUUUUACUUCAAUAUCAGAAUUUGGUGUUAGGUUAUGCUGAUCAGUAUGCAAAAUAUGUACUAGGCGUUGUAUCCAAUGAUCUUGGUGGUUGUUUACCAGUAUGGAAUUUAUAUAAAUCUAUGAAUAUUGUUAUCUGUAACUACGUUGUAGAUUCAUUUAAUUGUUUUUGGUUUUCUUUGGGUUGGGGUUUAUUUUUUUUCAUUCCUAGUAUUAUCUUUGCUGUUAAACUGUCAAAGCAUUAUCGAAGAAUGGAAUAUGAAGAAGGCUGUCUAGAUGAUACUGAUGAUGGUAAUGACCGUCGUGACACUUAUAGAAUGGCAGAGAUCCAGGCUGAUGGUCUUCCUUAUCAUGGUGGAAGUCCUGUAUAUCUGUUACCUAAGUUACCAGCAAGUCCAAAAACAUAG